CUCUCUAUCAGUCUCUCUCUCUAACCCCUUUUGCAAAGUCGCUGUUUAUUUUUCUCCGCAUUCCUCUCUCUACAAUUCUAUCGUACGCAACACCUCUCUCUCUCUCUCUCUCUCUCUCUCUCUCUCUCUCUCUCUCUCUCUCUCUCUCUCUCUCUCUCUCUCUCUCUCUCUCGUAUAAAUACAAUUAAAUAAAUACAGCUCUGAGUACAAGUGCUUAGAAUUCCGAUCAAAAUGGAGGACUCGACGGUGAUCGACGUCGGAAUCGCAGCAGUCGCUAAUUCGGACUCCGUAUCUUCCGAUUCUACGGCAAUUACGCAUAAUGAGGAACAGACUGGAACAGAACUCGGGAACUUAACUGCUAGCAUUGUGGGGUCAACAUCUGCCACUCCUAGUUCAGUUUAUAUUCAUGAUUCUAUUUUUGAUAUGUCAUGCAAUGGUGAUGAAAACAAUGGAGAUGACAAAGAAGGAGGUGGCAAUGACAGAGAUGAAAAUGAUGAUGAUGGAUCUUAUAUUUCUGAUUAUGAUGACAAUGACGAUUAUAUGUUCGAAAAUGAUGAUGAUAAUGACGAUGAUUAUUUGAAUAUGCAAGCACAAUUUGACAAUGUGGAUUUGCCUCCCGGAGUUGAGGCUUCAGUUUCUUGGAUCAAGGGUGCUACCUCAAGCAUGAAUGCCAGCAAGGACUCCAUGGUCCCCCAUUUUGGGUCAGGGUCAGAGGCAAAGACAUCUGUUGCUUUAGUCUCUGGUGUACCUAAUUUUGUUCUUGAGAAUAUUGGUGCAAGCAGUUCAACAUUGCAUGUAGGGUCAGGUCCUGAUGUGAAGGAGGAAGCAGCAGAAGAACAUUGUGUUACGGAAGAUGAAGCAGAAAGAGAAGAAGAUGCUAUGAAAACUGAAGCAGAAAAAGAACAUGAUGUGAUGAAGAACCAUGACUGGUUUAAAAGAUUUGAUACUGUAAAUGAUUUUGUAGAUCAUCACUAUAGCGCAGUUGGCUUUGAAGGGCAACAGCAGCCUUCCAAGACUUGGACAAAGAAAAUUCAUGAUGAGUGGAAAAUGUUGGAGAAGGGUUUACCUGAUACGAUAUAUGUUAGAGUGUACGAAACUAGGAUGGAUCUUUUGAGGGCUAUCAUUAUAGGGCCUGCAGGCACUCCUUACCACGAUGGGCUUUUCGUCUUUGAUGUUCUAUUCCCCCCUAACUACCCAGACGUUCCACCAAUGGUAUACUACUAUUCUGGUGGCCUUCGAUUGAAUCCAAACUUGUAUGAUUGUGGAAAAGUCUGCCUUAGUCUUUUAAACACGUGGACUGGUGAAGGGAAUGAGAAAUGGAUGCCAAAGACAUCUACAAUGCUGCAGGUCUUGGUGUCUAUACAAGCUUUAAUAUUGAACGAGGAGCCCUUUUUUAAUGAACCUGGGUACGAUGGUAUGUAUACUGGAGAGGAAGGAAGGAGGAGAUCCAAGGAAUACAGUGAAAGUGCCUUCAUUAUGUCACUGAAAACAAUGAUGUAUACGCUUAGGAGGCCCCCAAAGCAUUUCGAGGACUUUGUUGCUGGCCAUUUCCGCACCAAUGCACGGCGCAUCUUAUUGGCCUGUAAAGCUUACACGGAAGGAGCAGCGAUAGGAUCACUUGGGAACAAUGUCCAGGUGGAAAGCUCACAAAGUUUCAAGGAGGCUGUAGCCAAAAUGAUGAAUAGCCUGGUUUCGAUCUUCGCAAGAAAUGGAUCUAAGGAUUGUGAGGAGUUCCGGCAUUCAGGCUGAUAAUUAUUUUGCUUGGAACUUGGUAUCAUGUUGACACUAAUGCCUUCAAUAUCUUUAGGACGUUAAAAACAUUUUACCGGCUUAUUUAAGGUUUUACUGCACAGUGCAUAGUAGCAUUUUGUGCAGAGGAAAGGGUAAAUAGCAUGGUUAAAAACGAUUGGUUGUAGAUCUUUGCAUUACAUCUCUAAUUGGAAGGGAUUAGACAUUUGCAUCAUGGAAGCCCCCCUUUUAUCAUCAAUAAUAUCUUGUAUAUAUGAUUCGGAAA